CCUGUGGGCAUGCGUAGUGGUUCGGUACUGUUGUCGGUCGGAGAGAGUAGGCCUUGUUUAGCGUUGUAGUCGGUGUCCCUUUUGAGGGUGGGCGGGGGAGUUUAUUUGUUUUGCGUAAGGUAUGGCUGGUUGGGCAGGAUUUUCGGAUGAGGAAUUAACACGCAUAAAGCAACUAAAAGGUCCAUUAAUCUCAGAAAAAUCAGAAAGAUUUAAACAAACACCCUCAACAAACAAAAGUCGUCAGCAGCUUCAGAGGGAAAGAGUGUUACAGCAGCUGCAUAGUCGCAGAUCAACGGAGCAUAAUCAAAUUGAUCCAGAUCAACAAUUGUCCACACUAAAGAUGAGACCACCUGAAAGCACAGAGCCAUCAUUAUCCAAGCUAGAGGCAAAGGAUGGUCAGAAUGAAAGUAAGAAACAAACUGAAACAAGAAUAAGCUGUCAGAUGGACACAAGUGGGCCCAAAACAUCGUCUGCAUGCCAAGACUCCUCAGUUCAAGAAUUGUCGACAGAACAGAUCAAAGAGGUGGAAUUACGCGAGAGAUCAAGGCUGGAACAAUUGCAACUAGAGCAGCGGUUAAUGGAAGAGAAGAAUAAACGCAAGAAAGCUCUUCUCUCAAAAGCCAUUGCAGAAAGAUCAAAGCGAACCAUGGAAGAAACUAUGAAACUGAAGCAAAUCCAAAAGGAACUUCAGACCUUGGAUGACUUGUUAUCGAAUGAUGUUAACAUCUUACGGGAUCGGAUUGAAAAGACCAGCUUGGAAUAUUAUCAGGCUAAAAAGAGGUAUGAUAAGGCAGAAGUGGAAUAUGUUGCAGCAAAACUAGAUCUGUACAAGAAGAAUGAAUUGAAGGAGCAACUGACUGAGCAUCUGUGCACCAUAAUUCAGCAGAAUGAGUUACGCAAAGCCAAUAAACUGGAGGAGCUGAUGCAGCAAUUGGAAAUAGAGACCGAUGAGGAGCGGCUGGCACUGGAGAUUGAAGUGGACGGUUUACUAAGGCAACAGGAAAUGUUCCAGGGAACUGAUCAGGUUAAUUCAAGUGAUGAGUCAGCACAGCAAACUGUUCAAGCAGAUCAUCUGAAUCAUAUGGUUAAGCAGGUUGAAGGAAAACAGAUCUCUGGUGAAAAAGUUUCAAAGGACCAAAAUAAAUCUCAGUCAGAGAACUUAAACGAUAGAAUAUCAGAGAAGAUUGUGAAUUGAGUUUGUAUAUUUGUGUUUCAAAAAUGGAUUUGGGUGAGAUUGAUUUUGGUUUUCAUGAUAUAAAAUCAUUUAUCUUUUGUUAAGCUUAAUCAGCACCACCAAUUAUUUAAGAAAAUACAAGCAUUUGAGACUUUUGUAUUUUUCUUCUGGAGUAUUUUUUUGUAUAAGUUGUUUUAUUCAUUCCCUGGCUUGGCCAGCAAUUAUCACCUAUCCCUAAUUAACCUUGAGAAGGUGUGGUGAGCUGCCAAUCUUGAAGAGCUGCAGCCCAUCUAUAGGUAUACCGACAGUGCUGUCAGCAAGGGAGGCUCAGGAUUUUGACCCAACAAUGGUGAUGUAGUUCCAUAUCUGGAAGGCGUAUGACUUGUAGAGAAAAUUCCAGAUGGUGUUCCCACAUAUCUGUUGCCCUUGUCCCUCUACAUAGUACAGUUCACAAAUUUGGAAGGUCCUGUCGGAGGAAUUUUGCUGAAUUGUUGCAGUGCAUCUGGUAGAUGGUAUACCCUACUGCCACUGUGCAUUACGGUGAAUGGAGUGAAUGUCAAAGGUGUUAGAUGGUGUGUUAAUUAAGCAAGCUAUUGAGCUUCUUGAACACUGUUGGAUCCGUGCUCAUCCAGGCCAAUGGCUAGUAAUCCAUCCCACCCUUGAUUUGUGCCAAGUAGGUGGUGGACAUAUUUUGAGGAAACAGAAGCUGACUUACUCACUGCAGAAUUCCUGGCCCCCAUUUUGGUCUUGUGACUACUAUAUUUGUAACACUAGUCCAGUUUAAUUUCUGUUCAGUCAAUCAUCUCUGCCCCAGUAACCAAAAACUGAAAAUCAGUUUGGUUGAAAUGAUUGACCUUGGAUAAUUAAAACUACUUUCCUUUGUACGUGGCAUGAGUGUAUCCAUUGAAGAGUUUCCCUUGAUUCCCAUUGACUUUGGUUUUCCUACAGUUCGUUAAUGCUACACUCAAUUAAGUGAUGUUAUGAUGUCCAGGAAAGUCACCCUCAGUUACCUUUUGAGUUCAGCUGUUUUGUCCAUAUUUGGACCAAGGUGUAAUGAGAUGAGGAACAGAGCGGACUUGGCAGAACAGCCUGCCCACUGACAUGCAGUUCAUGUUGAGUAAGUGCCACUUGAUAGCACUGAUGCCUUCCAAGAUUUUCAUGAUUGUGGAUAGACUUGGUAGAGUGCUAAUUGGCUAGGUUGUAUUUGUUCUGUUUUUUUUUAAUGGGAAAUGACCUGAGCAAUUUGCCAGAUUACUAGUUAAGUAUCAUUUUCAUAACUAUUCUAGAAUAGCUUGAUGAGGAGCUUGUCAUUUUUAGAUCACUUCUUCCCUACUAUUGCCCAAAUAUUGUCAGAGUCUAGAGCAUUUACACUAAUUGGUGUCUUCACCCACUUCUUGUAUCACAGAGAGAGAAUUGGAAUGGCUGAUGGCUAACGUCUGUGAUACUUAGGGAUGUCAAGAGGAGGCCAACAUAGACCUUCUACUUGGCAUUUCUGACUGACAGUUGUUGCAUAUGUUUCAGCAUAGUCUUUUCCUGUGAUUUGCUGAAUCAUCAUUAAGGAUAUUUCCAGAGCCUCAAAGUGAGAUAUUUAAUUGUCUGAUGUUAUGUAUGACUGGAUGUGUUAGGACUGCAGAACUUGGAUCUGAUCCAUAGUUUAUGGGGUGCUUAACCCUGGUUAGUAUCCUCUGCUUCAUUUCAUUAUUAGGUACAUCUGAUGAUCCUGAAAUGCUCUGCUGCAAUCUUCUUUGAACCAGGCUAGAUCCCAUGACUUGGCAAUAAUGGUAAAGUGGACAAUAUGCUGGGUGAAGGUUACAGAUUGUUGUGGAAUACAGUUCAGCUGUCGGCCCACAAUGCCUCGAAUACCAAGUCUAGAAUGGUUAGAACUGUUCUAAAUCUAUUUCAUUCACCAUAUUAAUGCCACACAACAGAGGAGUAUCCUCACUGUGAAGGCAGGACUUUUUCCCACAAAGACUUGUGUGGUGGUCACUCCUACAAUGGUUGGGACAGGAGAUGACCACAGUUGGUGUCGGUCAUGUCUGAGACGUUAUCUUCAAGGUUAAAUUCUGUUAGAUUGUUGCUUGGCUAAUCUCACAGCUCUCCAAAUAUUGGCACAAGUUCCUAGAUGUUCGUGAGAAGGAUGUUGCAAGGUUGAUAUGACUGUGUGCCAUUGUCAUUUCUGGUGCCUUAGUUGAUCCCCAACUAAUCUGUUGGUUUUAAGUCUUUUAUCUGUUUGUAGUGGAGUAAUACACAGUGGCUACCAGCAGUUGAAAGUCACUUCAUUGCUAUAAUUCUGAAGUCAUGUCCUACAGUUGAGGUGAGGAUAGUAGAUUUUCCUUCCCUAAAGGGCAUUGAAGGAUUGGAUUUGUAUGACAAUCGGUAGUGGUUUCGUUAUCAUUGUUAGGCUGGAUUUUAGUUCCAUAUUUAUUAAUUGAAUUCACAUUUUCACCAUAAUGUCUCCAAAACAUGAGCAUGGGUGUCCGAAGUAGUACUCCAGCAACAAGACCAUAGCACCAUCUCAACCCUUGACAACAUUUAGGUUGACUGAUAGGCAGAUCACAAUAUAAUUGAGGUAUUUUGGACCUGAUGAUUUAAACUUUUCACUUUUAAGUGUUCCCACACUUAAUUAAUUCUUCUAUCACACUAACUUUCUUUUAAAUUAUAAUUUGUGCAAUAUAGUUUGUUUCCCCAUGAUGUCUUAAAAUUUGAUCAGUCAAAAAGUUGACUGAUUGAAGAUACCCGUGACAGCAUCUAAUUUUAGGUCUAGGCCCGAAACGUCAGCUUUUGUGCUCCUGAGAUGCUGCUUGGCCUGCUGUGUUCAUCCAGCCUCACAUUUUAUUAUCUUGGAAUCUCCAGCAUCUGCAGUUCCCAUUAUCUCUAAUUUUAGGCAAUUUUUUUUAUAGAUACUUGCCUAAACAAAUAUCACUGGCAUUUUGUUUUGAAUAUUAGACUGUUAUCUGUGAUUACCUUUGUACUUUAUAUUUUAAAACUUCAAAAAAAAUUCAAACUUUUUCAUGGGACCACAUCAUGUGGCUUAAGUGUUUAAAAAUGAGAUGGUUUAUCUUUGUGUAGUUCUGAAUUUAUUUUUCAGUCUUUUAUUUCUUCUGGGUUCUUUUGGCGUUUGUUACCAUGGCAGCAGUCAAAACCUGCUGCAGUAGUAGCUUCUAAAUUAAAGCAAAAUACCAAGGAUGCUGGAAAUCUGAAACAAACACAGAAAAUGCAGGAGAAAUCAGCAUGUCUGGCAGCAUCUGUGGAGAGAGAAAUGGAGCUGACAUUUCAAGUCUCAUGUGACCACUUCUUAAAGUCCUAUUGGACUUGAAAUGUUAACUGUUUGUUCACUACAAAUGUUGCCUGCUGAGAUUCUCCAGCUUUUUCUGUUUGUACCAAUAUACCAACUUCACUUUGAUUUGAACUGUAAAUGUUUAUAAUAAAGUUUAGAAGGUCAGGUAUUAUAUGCAGUGUACUUUUACCAACUCCAAAAGGAGCUAAAUGAAAUGGAUGGUUAAAAAUCAAUUAAAACCGAAAUCAGACGUGCAAAUAAUGUGGUUCAAAAAGAUUGUGUCCUUAGAGUUUAAUAACAUCCUUUUGUUAACAACAGUAUUUUUAGAUCAUUAAGUCCAUUGCUGUAUUCUUAACGGUAACACAUUGAACAAAAAUGUUGUCACAUUUGGUUUGACUGACUGCACCAACAUGGAGUAACUUGUAUUUUGUUCAUCCAACCCUAUAUUCUUGUUUGUUUCCAUUGAUAUAAGCGAAUAUUGACACUAAUAUUGAUUAUAGAAUGUAUACAUGAUGGAUUUACACUAGAUUUGAGCUCACUUUGUUAAUUCUUGGCGCUUUAAAUCUGUAUUUUUGUAUAUCUGCAUUGCUUCAUCGAUUUUAUUGAUCCAAAAUUGACACAUCUAAAUGUAUUUUGUGAAAUUAAAUCCAAAGAGAUUAUUGUGGUUAUUGGAUUCUUUCAUUCUAAAAUGUAUUAUAAUUUGGGAGUCUCAAGCACAAUAUUAACUUUCUUGCCAAACAUCCACCGUCCACCUCCGUAAUUUUCUUCCUUCCUCAGAAGAAAAUUUACCUUGCUUAGAAUAUGGUCCUACUAGUGCAAGC